AUGAGCAAAGCUCACCCCCACCCCCAGCUGAAAAAAUUUAUGGACAAGAAGUUAUCAUUGAAAUUAAAUGGUGGCAGACAUGUCCAAGGAAUAUUGCGGGGAUUUGACCCCUUUAUGAAUCUUGUGAUAGACGAAUGUGUGGAGAUGGCAACUAGUGGGCAACAGAACAAUAUUGGAAUGGUGGUAAUACGAGGAAAUAGUAUCAUCAUGUUAGAAGCCUUGGAACGAGUAUAAAUAAUGAAUAUUCAGCACAGAAAUCC